AUGUCCCUAGCCAGUCUGGAUGUACUGCAACAUCCCAGCCUACCCCAGUCCUCCAUAACGCUGUUCGAAGCAAAGGCGAAGAAGAAGGUAUCCUUUGAGGAGAUCUCAAAAGAGCUUGGUCGCGAUGAGGUCGCCAUAGCCGCCCUCUUCUAUGGACAAGCGAGGGCGUCGGCAGAAGACAUCAAGAAGCUAUCAGACUACUUUGGCAUCGACCAUGCCACCCUCGAGACGCAAAUGGCAGGAUUUCCGGAUCGCGGCAAAAGCAUCGAGAUGCCCCCAAGGGAACCGUUGAUCUACCGAUUGUACGAGAUUGUGCAGAACUACGGGUAUGCAUACAAGGCAGUGUUGAACGAGAAAUUUGGCGACGGCAUCAUGAGCGCCAUUUCCUUCUCUACUCACGUUGAGAAAGAGAUUGACAAGGAUGGAGCUGCAUGGGCGAAAAUCACCCUGCGAGGAAAAUGGCUGCCAUACACUCGUUUUUAG